AUGCGGUGCGGUACGGCGUGCUGCCGGCAAUGGUUCCAGACAUCACCGACUCGGACGCCACCCUCUAUGGCGGGCUGGCGGCGGUGGUGUCCGUCAACGCUGUCAUUGCGGUGUAUGCAUACCUGGCAUACCUUGACGAUGAUUCCGAUGCGCGCCGCAAGCGGAUGUAAGUGCGGCCGAUGGUCCCUUUAUGCGGCGUCGUCGGCAGCAGAGACGCGGUCUGCAGCAUCGUCCGGCGGUAGCUGCCCACUUGCCGCCAGGGCGUCAUGCAGUGCUGAGGCAAAGGCAUCGAGGGCAACAACCUCGCCGUGGACCUUGGUGUUGAGCUCCUUGAGCUUGUUGAGAUUGGCAGUCGAGAACGCGUCGGUGGCCAGGCCGUGA